GCGCGCAUGAUCCAUGCAAGGGCCAGGCAGGCACUAUAAGAACUCAUUGAAUAGUCGUUUGCAGUAGUUCUGUUUUCUGUGCGUAUAUAAGAAAAUACAAUGGACAAAGACAACCUUUCCGUGGUCUUGCACGCAAAAGGAGAUCUGAGAUUGGAACAGCGUCCGAUUCCGGAGCCAGGACCAAAUGACGUGUUGCUUCAGAUGCACUCUGUGGGCAUUUGUGGAUCAGACGUGCACUAUUGGCAGAACGGCCGCAUUGGAGACUUUGUGGUCAAACAGCCCAUGAUUCUAGGACAUGAAGCCUCUGGUCGAGUGGUGAAGGUCGGCUCUGCUGUCACACACCUUAAACCAGGGGACAGAGUUGCAGUUGAGCCUGGAGUUCCUCGUGAAGUAGAUGAGUUUGUCAAAUCUGGACACUACAAUCUUUCCCCCAGCAUAUUCUUCUGUGCCACUCCUCCAGAUGACGGAAACCUGUGCAGAUACUACAAACACAGCGCCAGCUUCUGCUACAAGCUUCCUGAUAAUGUUACUUAUGAAGAAGGAGCCCUGAUUGAGCCCCUGUCAGUGGGCAUUCAUGCCUGCAGGAGGGCAGGAGUCACUCUGGGAAGCUCGGUGUUUGUCUGUGGUGCAGGACCCAUUGGACUAGUGUCUCUGUUGGCAGCCAAAGCCAUGGGUGCUUCACAAGUAAUCAUAAGUGACUUGUCCUCUGAUCGGCUUGCCAAGGCAAAAGAGAUUGGAGCAGACUUCCUGCUUCCUGUGAAGAAAGAGGAUUCACCACAGGACUUGGCUAAAAGAGUGGAGGGAAUGCUGGGAUGCAUGCCUCAAAUCUGUAUAGAGUGCACCGGAGUGCAGAGCAGCAUUCAGACAGCCAUCUAUGCUACUCGUUCUGGAGGAGUGGUGGUGUCGGUUGGUCUUGGUGCUGAGAUGACCACUGUACCGCUUCUCAACGCUGCAGUCAGAGAAGUUGACAUCAGAGGUGUAUUUCGCUACUGCAAUACCUGGCCGGUGGCCAUUUCUAUGUUGGCGUCUAAGAAGGUGAACGUCAAGCCCCUGGUCACCCACCGAUUCCCACUGGAACACGCUGUACAGGCUUUCGAGACCACUCGGCAGGGGCUUGGGGUUAAAGUCAUGUUAAAAUGUGACAAGAACGACCAGAACCCAUGAGUCCCACUCCUGUUUAUUGCUAGCUACAGUCACUUGAAUAAAUUGGAUUAAUCCAACUAAUUUUGAAGGCGACCUCACUGUGUUGUCUCAGGUACAACAGUCACUGGCUCACUUUACAAUGAUUGUACUGUAAUUAUAAUUAUGUAUAAUAAUAAUAAUGUAAUUUAUGUAACAUUGUCAGACUGCAGUUUCUUAAUAAAAGAUUCAUCAGGCUUAA